AUGUUCUCGACAGCUGCGGUCAGGAAUGAUGGACUCGUUGCAGAACAACCAUUCAAACUACGCUUUGGACUUCUUAAAGUUUCUUCGGUGACCUUUGCAGGGCUUUUAAUCGGAGGCCUGCUUGCAAAAAGCGGCGCUGAAUUUUUGGAAGAAAAUGAAAUUUUUGCACACGAACAUGACGAAGAUUAA